CCGCCGGCCCGCACCGGCGGUCUAACGUUGCUAACUCCUUCAUGAUUGAAGUUCUGAUCAGCUGGGUCGACGUCGUGCAUCUAAGCUUAUAUAUCUGACCACCACUAGAGAAGACUGCUACUUCUAUCAAUCAUUCCAGACGGGAAAAAGUCCAUGGGAGGUUACCGGCAAAAGGAAUCCUUUAUGACCAAACUUGUCCGCAAGCUCAUGCCAUGCGUCGCCCCUAGCGAUCGUACACAUACGAUCGACGUCGAUGCUCAUGACGCCAUGCGAGACAAGACCACUGACUCGUCCAACGGUGGCUCAGUGCCCGUGUUCGACAUCAGUGUCUCCGGCGAAAAGCAGGGUGAAUUAAAGGACAUGAAAUGGGAAAAGCCAACGCAAGUGGCUAUGGAGGUGUGCCCUCCCUCAACGGAAACCAACUACGCAGAAGUCGAUGUUAUAGUUACCCCUACGUCAACCAUGGCUCUCCUCCCAAUAUCCGAAACAGAGGGGAUGACCAGUGGAGCAGUUCAACCUCCAGGAUCGACUGGGGAAGACAUCCUUUUGUCCUCACCAUCAUCUCAUGUUGAUACAUUGCACACUCCAUCUGGGGGUACACAAUCACAUGGCGGAGACAUUUCGCAUACAGCGACAGAUGCUAAAGAAAGCUUCACAGACCUUGAAGUGGACCAUGGAGCAACAGAAGAACUUGAAGUGGAAGAGGUGGAACCGAUGGAGGAGGGUGACGAGGAUGUUCUAAUUCUGAAUGGAGGUACAGGCAUUCCGAUCGGGCCUGAUGGCGAACCGCACCCACUUUUGCCACCAAUAUCACCUCGACACAUGGGGCGCAAAUGUCUCGUUCUCGACCUCGACGAGACCCUUGUUCAUAGCAGCUUUGGGUCUCUUCAACAGGCGGAUUACAUCGUGCCAGUGGAAAUUGAGUGUCUCUGGCACGAUGUGAACGUCAUCAAGCGCCCGGGCGUUGACGACUUUCUGAAGAAGAUGGGCGAAAUUUACGAGGUGGUCGUAUUUACGGCCAGUGUGAGCAAGUUUGCGGACCCCGUCCUAGAUAAGCUUGAUGUCCAUCAAGCUGUGUCGCACCGACUAUUCAGAGAGAGUUGCUAUAAUCACAAGGGAAACUAUGUCAAGGAUCUCUCCCAACUGGGCCGUCCUCUCGCAGGUACUAUUAUUCUGGACAACUGUCCAGCAUCAUAUAUUUUCCACCCCAGCAAUGCGGUCCCUGUGUCGUCCUGGUUCAAUGACCCGCAUGACACAGAACUCACCGAUCUUUGCACUUUCCUUGCGGAUCUUGACGGCGUGAGAGAUGUUCGUGGGGUCUUGGAUGGCGAUCUGUAGGGGUGGUAUAUAGGUUUAAGGAAGAAAACCACCAGUAAGCUUGCGGCUCCUUGACUCCACGAGCGUACCUUCAUUGCGCGUUGUUUUGCUAGUCUCCCGAUUAUCAUACUGACAUUCGACGUUUCGUUUUCUGCACGAUUUAAAGCUACCAUAAUGAUAAUGUAACAUAUUCACCACUGUAUCUCUUACUUGUAUAUUUGGGCCUAAUCUCUGCAUGCGAGGGAUUAAUGAUAUUUUUGCUGCGGGACGCGA